CCUACACUCUAAGGUGUAAUGUAACAUCACCAUUCCUUCAUCACAAUGCUAACGAGUAGUGUGUCUUGACAUCCAGGGUCCUACCCUGAUGUCCACGCUGACCGAAACGAGGCACCGCAAACGCGCAAGAAAGCGCACAUUUAAAUAUCAUGUCUGCCCUGCACUCUAUAAAAUCCCCAACAUCACACAUCUAGACGAACAAUCCAACUCUCCGCAUCUCAAACACCAUAUCAGGCUCUAUACUUCAUCCAAUCCCAUCCAAAUCCCAUCCGAAUUCAUCCAAAUUCCACCUAGAACCUAGAGCCCCAGCCCACAUCCAAACCCCGACCCAUCUCCGAACAUCCUCAUAUACACACACUAUCCACCCCGACAACAACAACAACUACAACCACACCACCCACCAAAAUGUCAGAACCCACCAUCCCCGAAACCACCACGACCACCACCCCCUCCCCCCGCUACACCAUCACCCCCUCCCUCCCCACACCCCAACAAUACCACGACCUCCGCCGCGACACAGGCAUGACCCCCCCGCCCCUCCCCGCCGUCCCCCACGCCCUCGCAAAAAGCAUCCACUGCAUCCUCGCGCACGACACCCACCACGAUCCCAGCACCUCGCCCAACGACCCCAUGUCCAACGUCGUCGGCAUGGCGCGCCUCAUCGGCGACGGCAGCCUCUUCCUGCAGAUCGUGGACGUGUGCGUGCUGCCCGCACAUCAGGGCCGCGGGCUGGGCUCGCGCAUGAUGCAGAUGCUGGUGGAGUGGGUGGAUGCGCACGCGCCGGAGGCGUAUGUGAGUCUGAUUGGGCAUGUGAAUGCGGCCAAGUUUGUGUAUCCGAAGUAUGGGUUUUUGCCGGUCGUGCCUAGUGUGGGUAUGUAUCGGUGUGAGCGGGUGCGGAGGCGGAGGGAGGUUGUUGGGGAGAAUCCUUGA